AUGACAGAAGAACUAACGCCACAACCAAUAGAGUUAAAAAUCAAACAGGAACCAACUCAACAACAAGACUUAAUAAAUAUACCUGAUUCAGAAAUAGAUUCAAAAUCAUUAGAUGAAAUAACAAUACUAUAUAGUCAACUACAAGAAAAAUUUAAAACUGUAGCCACAUCAUUAAAUACAACUUUUGAAAAUGAAAAAAAUCAAAGAAAAACAUUAGCAUAUUAUCAAAGAAGAAAUCAAGCAAUAUUGGAUAUAUUAGAGAAAUUUGAAGAUGAAAUACCACAAGAAACUAAUGGAAAUAUUGAUUCAAAUGAAAUUGAAAUUGACAGAUUAAAUCAAAUAAUUUCCAAAGUACCAAGAUUGAAAAAUACAUUAUCAAAAAUCACAACUAAAGAAGAAAAACUCGAUUCAAAUACUUUACUUAAUUUAUAUUUGAUUGAAAAAAUACCAGAUUUAAUAAAUGAUGAAUUUAUACUGUUUGAAAUAAAUCCACAAUCUGCAGAUGUCUGGUGUAAUCAAAAUACUCCAUUUAUCAAUGGUGAUUUUAAACCAAUGACAUUGAAAAGUUUAGAAAAUUUUAAUGAAUAUAAUGGUACGAAAUUUGAUUUAGGAGUUGAUGGGAAAUUAAUUGUUACUCCACAAGCUGCUAGUUCAUCUACAAAGAAGAGACGUAGAAGAUGA